AUGAGAACGCAGUUGCUCGAACUGGCAGAGCGACAGGUCAAUACUUUGUGGUCCAGGGUGGACGAAGUGUACACCUUUGCAGAUCUGCCAGGAUCUAUGAAAGACUGGUUGGAAAGCGGACAAGCCAAUUUCUCGGGUGACCCAGUUACGACUGAGGAUGAUCUAGCACAUGCAUACCAGGAGGCAUUUCAUCCUGAUGAGGUCCGCGACGAUUUGCAAGAUGGCUUCAAGCGCAUGGUUUUCAGCCUCUUCUGCAGACAUAGAUCAUCUACCCAAAGAUCUAUGGUUUUCCACACUAUUGCCGAAUUUGUGGAGAUCUUGUCGGCGAUAUGCAAUUCCCUGGACGACGCUAUUCCUUGGGUUCGACCAGACAAGAAGAUACUCUCCCGCAUCUCAAGUGGACACCCAUCUCCUUCACCCCAGCCCGAGACCAAGGAGCCAUCAGUGGAUACAGGCCUGGCAGACAAGAUUCAACGCGUCAUGAAAGUCAUUCCUGUGGUUUCUACACCAGAGCACCUUGAACUGCCACCAAAUCCACUUCCAUUGAAGCCUGCAACGCCUUCUUCUUUAUCAAUGACCUCUGAGGCCAAGCUACCGUAUAUCAUGGUUCCUCUCGAAAGCUCUAUAGUGGAACGCAAAUGUGUAGCCUGCGCCAGACCAUCGAAUUCAGAUGAAGAGCCUCGUUUCUGGUCACAGGAUACGCGACUCUACAUCGCCCGACAAUCAGUUUGUGAUUCAGACGAGUGCAAUGGGCGAAAGCGUUGGAUGAUUCCGGCGUCUACGGAGUUUGGGUACGUCAGAGGAAGUCUGGAGUAUUUAUCUGCAAAACCCAGAAAGGAUGGGCGUUUACGCGCGGGUAUUAAAGACUACCUCUUCGAAUUCGACGAAGCUCCUGAAGAGCUUCAAAGACCAGUCAGUACGAAAUGCAAAGCUUGCGGCACAGAGGGCAAAACCGAGGUCCGUCCCCAAUGGACGAAAGACACUCCACCCAUUUAUCACGCUAUGGAACGUGCUUGCCGCUCAGAAUUUUGCCAUCCAAACAAAAGAAGACUGUUCAUCCCGGUCGAUCCCAUCCCUUACAUUACCACCAAGGCUCUGUGGGUAAGACAGAAAACCGACGAUAAGUCUUGA